CGUCGUCGUAAAGAACUCACUAAAAAUGAGAAAUUAGCUAUAGAAAACCCCAUGUGGUACUCCACGUUCACAAUCUUACUCGUCGUUGCCAUUACCUCCAUCUUCCUCAGCAACUCUCACUGCCACGUCAACUUCUCCGUGGAAUCCAUCUCCGUUACUCCCUCCGCUUCAGCCACGUGGUUGCACGUCGUAUUCCUCGUGGAAAACCCGAGUUCAUUAUCGAGAUGUCUUGUCUACUACAACGGCCAUAACGUGCAAGCCAUGCUUGGUUCCUUCAACGCCGCCGUUUUGAACACCUCUAGCAGGGAUGAUGAUGAUCCGAGUGGCCGCCACACGAGUUUCUCGGUGAAAUUAGCCACGGCAGGUAAUCAAAGCCACGUCGUUGCAGCUUCUUCUCCUAGAGGUUUCGCAUUGGAACUGAAACUUCGUGCGAAGAAGGAUGAUCUCAUUGGACAUUAUGAUAUCAGGUGUCAGAAUCUCAAUAUCGGUUAUGACAAGAUUAAGUGUCACUCAUCGUCUUUCAAAAUAUUCAAGCAAUUCUUCUAACAAGUUCAUGAAUUAGGAGCGCUUCUUAGAUUUCUUUUUAUUUUCUUUUCGAUAAAAC